AUGAUAAGUUUUGUUAAUAAAUAUUGUUACAGAAGCUGCUUGAGUUACUUUAUAAAGCUUAAAUAGAAAGUAGAUUUAGAUACUCUCGCUAAAGAGGUUGAAUAGCAAAAGAUUAUCAUAAACUCUCCUCAAACAAAGAAUAUUGAUGAUUUUCUCAAGAAGUAUAACAAAAUGAAAAAUAUUUAAAAGGAUUAUGAACUCAUGUAAACCGCACAUAAGGAUUAUCCUUCGCUAGCUUAGUAUUAGAUGAGUAGAACUUUAGACAUGGAGAAAACUGCUAGGAGAAUAGGUCAAGUGCAUAAAAGUCAAAAAAAUAAUCUAGAAAAUAUGAAUAAAUCAACAAAGGCCAUCCAAAUUUUAAAGAAUGAACUUUAUGAACUUUAUUUUCUUUUAGAAAACAAAAAAUAUGAUUUGAAUUCUUAGAAACAGACAAGUUUACUUAAACUUAAAAAAUAUGUUGAAAAUCAUAAUUUAUCGGCAAUUUAAAUGCCACAUUAAGAUGUAAUAAAUUCUAAUAUUCCUUUAUUAGCUUAAUCAGGAGAGAUGCUUGUAGAUAUUUAAGGACAACUAAAGGCAUUUAGACCUGAUGAUUCCAGGUUAUUGCAAUAGUUUUAAUACCUCAAAAAGUUCACAGUUCAAAUAUUCAAUAACUAAGGCUUUUAAAUUUUUGAUAACAGUUUUUACAAUUUUUAAAAAUGUGAAUAUCCAAUUAAUAUGAUAUUCAACGAAGAAUAUAAAUUUGUUGAAACUAAUGCAGAAGAAAAAGAAUAUUUUUGUCUUGACUCAAGCAUUCCUGGUUUGCUACAACUGAUCUAAACAAGAAUUAAUUUUUAAGAGAAGUUCAAAAUUUUAGUUUUUACUCUAGUUUAUAAUAAAAAUCUAAAUGGAAUGUAAGAUCUAAAAAUAGAAGUUAUUUCUGAAACUGAUGCUUAAAAUCUAGAAGAAGAUAUAAUAAGUUUAAUUGAUGCAGGUCUUAGCUAUUUAGAGAAAACAAUCAACUUUAAAAAUAUAAAAAUUGAAAGCAUAAAUGAUAACACAAAAUCUCAAAUAACUUUGCAAAUGCAAGAUGGAGAUUUAUUAAAGCUAAGAAGUUAUGGAAACUUUAUCUCUAAGAGGUUAAAUUUAAAACUAAAACACUUUGCAGGUUAAGAAGAAUUUGAAGAAGUUUCUUGCAUUAAUAUUUUGGAAAUACCCUCUCUACUAAAUUUGUUAUUAUAUCAAAAUCACGCUUAAUAAUAAAAUUAAUGA